CAGAAGCGAAAGGGAAAGCGAAAGAGGAAGGGGAGGCUGGGGUAGUGGAGAGGAGCCCGCGCCAUGGAGCCCGCCGCCCUGCUCCUGGCUGUGGGUUUGGGCCUGGUGACUGCCGCCUCGGCAGGACACACGGCGGUCGAGUGCUGGUUCGUGGAGGACGCCGGCAGGGGUAGCCUGGCCCAGAGACCCGCUGCGCUGCUGCUGCGUCCCGGACCCCAGGGCCCGCCGCCCAGGCCCGACCUCGACCCUAAACUCUACCUCCAAGUGGAAGACCCUACAGGCACCCUGCAGGCUGCCUUCAGACGGUACCCCAGAAGUACCCCAGCUCCACACUGCGAGAUAAGCCGAUUCCUCCCAUUGCCAGCCUCUUCGAGUUGGCUCAGAGGCCUGACACCCGAGCAGAGCUGCCCCCAGGCUCUGAAUGGAGCUUGGCUGAUGGUCAGCAUGUCUAGCUCAGUCUUUAGCCUCUCCAUCCUCCUACAACCACAGCCAGAACCUCAGCAGGAGCCUGUACCCAUCACCAAGGCAACAGUGGUGCUGACUGUCCUUUCUCACACCCCUGCCCUUCGAGUCCAGCUGGGACAAGAUGCAGUAGUGGACUUGAGCUUCUCUUACAUGCCCCCCACCCUCGAGGCUGCUGCAUCUCUGCCCCCAGGUCCCCCUCCCUUUGGCCUGGAGUGGCGACGCCAGCACAUGGGUAAAGGCCAUCUGCUCCUGGCUGCAACUCCUGGACUAGGUGGACAAAUGCCAGCAGCCCAGGAGGGAGCAGUGGCAUUUGCUGCAUGGGAUGAUGAUGAGCCUUGGGGCCCUUGGACCGGGAAUGGCACCUUCUGGUUGCCAGCAGUGCAACCCUUUCAGGAAGGCACUUACCUAGCCACAGUUCACCUGCCAUACCUUCAAGGACAGGUCACCCUGGAGCUCUCUAUGCACAAGCCUCCCAAAGUGUCCCUCAUGCCAGCACCCCUUGUAUGGGCUGCCCCGGGGGAGGCACCCCCAGAGUUGAUCUGCCUGGUGUCCCACUUCUACCCCUCUAAAGGCCUGGAGGUGGAGUGGGAGCUCCGGGGGGGUCCAGAGGGCUAUUCUGUGAAGGCUGAAGGGCAGAGGUGGUUUUCAUCUCUCCAUCAUCAUUCGGAUGGCUCUGUCAGUCUCUCUGCGUACCUGCAGCCACUUCCAGUCACCACUAAGCAGCAUGGGGCACGUUAUGCCUGUCGAGUACGUCAUCCCAGCCUGCAUGCAUCAGGGCGCAGCGCAGAGGUCACCCUGAAGGUGGCAGGCCUGUCUGGGCCCUCCAUUGAGGAUGGGAUAGGCCUCUUCCUGUCAGCGUUUCUCCUCCUCGGACUAAUCAAAGCUCUGGGUUGUGUUGCCGCCUACCUGACCAUGUGCAAGGAUUCAGAGAAGAAAACACAGUGAAGGCACUCACUAUCAUCCUAUAGAAGCCACCGUGAUCUCUGGCUCAAGCUAAUACAGUGUGCCAUUAUCGACAAAUUCCCUCCGAGUGGCUGGACACAAUCUGGCAUUCACUUUUUUAAAGCACUAGAGCAGUGGUUGUUUCUGUUUUAGGACCUCUUAUCAGUCUAAAGAGUUUUUAAUUAUGUGAGAACUAUUGAUAGUGUACUAAAACUUGAAAUUGAGAAAGGUUUAAAUCA